GGAAAUUAAUGUUGACUUUCGAACUAAUAAAACAACAACGGAAGAAAAUGAAUCUUCUUGUUCUACAAUUCAAGAUAACCUUGAAAAGGGUGCAACAUCAGAAUGAUCAAAGAGGAAGAACGAAGACUUUCCCUUAGACAUUGUCAUGGAAAAGAGUGCUAAAAUCGAAGAAUCCAAUGCUUCUGUAGAUAGCAAAAAUCUUUAUACUAAAGCAUUGAAAAAGAUGGCUAUCAAAAAGAAAGACCAUGAGUCGACUAAAUCCCUCUCUGUCCCAGUAAUGGCUUUACCAAAAGGAAGGGCUCCUGAAGCCAAACUAAAAUCAAAAAUAGCAAAUUUUAUUGAAGGAACUAAGCUAAUCCCUCAAAAGGUCAACACAAAGGAACUCAUAAAAUCCGAAAAAUUUCGAAGCCGAAUGGGCACACCUAUGAGAUCAUUCAAGAUCUCUGAUAUAAAAUCAGAGAAGGAAAGAACCAUCCAAAAGAGCUUAAUGCACUUGCUCGAUAAACCUGUACCACUUUUUAAGAAGAGAGAAGAAAGCGAUUCAAAAACCUUCAAUGUGAUACAACUACGAGUCGAUUUUAAGAACAGCAUGCAGGAUAGCAAUGUACAGAUCAUUCCAUAUCAAGAGAAAAAGCGUGGCUCAUCACGGAUUACCACAAGGAUGUCACAAAAGGUUCCUGCGGACUUUGACAUUAUGAAAUAUCAAAGCAUAGAGCUGCCCUCACCUAAGCCUAUGAAAGAGCCUAGAUUCAUGAGAAUAUCAAAGAGCAAGAGGGAAUUUUUGCCCAAAAGGCAGAAUAAGUUGCUGCUAAAAUAAACAAAUGAUAUUUAAUAAGCAAAUGGGAAUGAAUUCUCCAAGAAGAAAUAUUAAGACUGUCCAGAAUCUGUAUAGGUCACCUCAGGCUGGAAAAGAUGAAUUAAAAAGAUUUAAGAGCAAAGCAGGCAGGAGUAGAGCCUUGAGGAAGUUUGUGUCCCCAGAAAAUCUCAGGACUGCUAGAAGAAGUUCUUAUCGAAAGAAGCUACAGAUCUAUAGAUACAAGGAAUCAACAAUGACUCCUUGAAUGGGGUCGAGGCUCGAAUAAGAGUCCAAACAGCAGGUCAUAAUUAGGCUUCCAUAUUUAUCAACUUUUCAUAAUCUUUCAAAC